AUGAGUGGCAAUAAUAUGAGCGGUGUUUCCGGGGGUUUGGAGGUACCUCAGAUGCCGAUCCCGGGCGAGGACAGUAGCGCAUCUGCGAGAGGCGAUGGGACUGAGAGGGUUCUGUUGGACCACACUGGUGCCGCUGCGAGAUCACCCACUUUGCAGAAAGUUGGGAUGGAUCUGUAUUUUGAUCGCAGUUUGAAAUACAUGGGUGAUCACCCCGUUUUGAGCGGGGUUGGUGCAUUUUUCGCACUGUACGCGGCCGCUGGGCUAUACCGGUUCACGACUGUGAAAAUGAACGGUGGUAAGGCGACGUCUGCAUUUUUGAAGGGCGGGUUUGAUCCCAAGAUGAACGCCAAGGAGGCACUGCAGAUUUUGAAUCUAACGGAGAAUAACUUGACGAAGAAGAAACUGAAGGAGGUGCACAGGAAGAUAAUGUUGGCCAACCAUCCGGAUAAAGGUGGGUCGCCGUACCUAGCUACGAAAAUCAACGAGGCGAAGGAUUUUUUGGAAAAGAAGGGCAUAGUGAGGAAGUGA